ACAGCGUGGAGUGGUGACCACAAUUUCAGAAAGGAGAUCUUCUAUGAAAGUUCUGUUAGUGAAUUACAAUUGCGUGAGCGAAGUUGCUGCGAGUUCAAAUCUCCUAUGAACAUGACACAUUCGAGGCUCUUUCUUUUGGAAAAGGUGAAGCUACAGCCUGUGUAAGUUCAAUAGGGCGCUGUUGACGAGCUCCUCGAGGCUGCUGGAAUGCUUGUCGCUGACAUUGCUUCCAGGAACGCCUCCAUUUCACCGUCUUCUCUAAAACGUCGCAAGAACCUGGCGUCCUUUGCCAUCAAGCUGUUCAGAAGCUCUACGCUAUAUCGCCGGAUACAAUUCAAGCUCCUAGAAGGUGCUGUCUGGGAUAAAAGCUCUGUGAUUUUUUGGCAAAGCCGUGAUUGUUGCGAUAGCACGCCUUGUUCAAAGUUACGUGUGUCGAGCCAGGGGAUUAUGGCUGCUGCCAAACCGAUGGCUGCCUGCUGUUCCUUGUCCGUGGAUUCCAGCACCAUCUGGAUGAUGGGAGAUAUGGCUGCUCCAAGCUCCAACUUUUCUUCGUCGUUAAGGUCACCGCACAAGCUUCGCAAAAUUGUGGCUGCAUGGACUCCAACUGGCUUGCUUUUGUGCAUGAGGAGCCUCGAGCAAUUGUUUGGACACUGGAGAACGAGCACAAUUAUGGCUUCCCCGGCUUUCAUGGCGAUGGUCAAGUGGUCGCUGUUUGGUGCGGUUUCUCUCGCAAAUAUGGCCAUCAAGCUUUGGAUAACUCCUCCAGUCGCGCCAAUGCAAUCUCUAAGCUCGUCCUCGGAUGGAGAUAAGUCCGCUGGUGUGACCGAUUCGCACGCAUGUCCUGUAAUCCACGGCUAG